AUCCAAGCAAUAUCAGCUUGCACUGUAACACUCUGUGCCAUUUCAGUCCAGAAAAAAAGAUGCCUGCAGGGCCGGGGCGGGCGCGCGGGCUCGGCCAAAACCGUGAUAUGUGCCAUCGCGCUCAAGUACAGGGAUAACCACGCUAAACGCCUACCACGCGUACGCCUCCUAUGCUGCGGCAGAGGCGACUUACACCAGCAGAUUACAUCGUGACGAAAACGCAAAGGUCCUUGGCUUCGUUCCUGCAUUGAAGUGAGCUCAACUAAAUCCAAACAGCAGGCAAAGCACACCGAACUGGUAUGGUGACACUACCAGGAGGAGGCAGGGAGAAUGAAGUUGCUUCGGCUAGUCCUGUUCUUGGGUGCUUGCCACUCCAUUAAAGCAGCUAACCACGCACCAACAAUAAAGCAAGGUUCCCGCCUGCUGCCCGCCUCGCUGGCCCCCGACGUCGCGUACUUCGAUGCCGGCGACGCGAGCUCGCUGGUGGUGGACCCCAGCACCGGCCGCGUCUCGGAGCAGCGGGACCUGCUGGCGACUGCGCAAUCGCCGCGGCCUGCCCUGAAGUGGCAGGGUAACUGUCGCUACCAGGGCGGGCCGGCCGGGGCAAACGGCAGCGUGUACCUGGACGGGUGGACCUGCCACGCCAAGCUGAGCGCGCCGCUGUGCAACGGCACCUGCCUGAAAGGUGCAUAUACCAUUGUUGUCGUGCUCGGCUUUGGUCAUGGCUAUUACUCUACCAUCCUCUCUGCGCUGGCGCCUUCAAGCCAGCCGCGUCAACGCUUGGUUUGGCGCGAUAGCGAACUCUUCCUCAGGUCUAUCCCGGACAGCGGAUUCUAUGUGGGUCAAGAGUUCGUGCCUCCCUUCAGUGCCGCUUUCAACGCCACACCUGAGGACUUCUACAAGGGAUUGCUCAGGCCGGUCUCGUACUAUGGAAACAAUGGCUGGUCAGUGCAGGCACUCGCAGUUCAGCCGGCGACACGCAGGAAGGACAGCAGGGCCACCUGGUACGCGCAACCCAGGGCGCCCAAUGCCAAGUCUACCACAGUUGCGUCCGGCCGCACCCCUGGACUCUUCGCUCCUGUUGGUUCAGAUUUUGUGAUUGGGUGUGACUACAUGGAGACAAUGCCUGAUGACGCCGCACGUAUCAAUGCCACCGACAUCAGGCUACCCAUCACCUACCGCUGUGACCCACGUAACACUGGUCUCCGCGGUCGCCUUGUAGCUGUCCUUGUGUAUAGCAAGGCGCUCAAGGAGGCGCAGGUCGCCCGCAUUUCCACAUUCUACAGUCCGCGAUGGGUUCCAGCCAGCCCUCCUCCCCCUCUCAUGAAGAGCCCGCCCCCGAAGCCUGUUCGUGGCCUGCCCUCUGACCUACUGCCUGACGUCGCCUUCUUUGACGCCGGUGACCGGGCCUCCCUGACCAUCAACCGCACAAGCAGCCAGGUUACAGCUCAGCGUGACAUCCUGGCAACCCCAGAGGUCCCCCGGCCAUCGCUGACCUGGAGCGGCGACUGCCGUUGGGACUCCGCUGCGGGUGGCAGUGUGGUCCUGGACGGCAAGAGCUGCUUUGCCAUCCUGGAUACGAAGUCGCGCCUGUGCGACUGGGACCGCGGUGACGGUGGUUUCACCGUAGUGUUGGUAGCACAGCUGGGACCCUCACAGCAGGAGCGGGUCGCACUUCUGACAAGCAGAGGCUACGAAGCGGACAUAUGGAACGGCGAGCGCAUGCUGGCUUGGCGUCCUGAUGAGGUUCUGACACGCAAGCUGGUCAAAUUUGUGGAUCCUGUCAACGACGACCCAAAUAACGAGUACGACAAUGCUCGGUUUCCCGACGCUGUGGCGAACUCCACCUUCACCUUCACCCGGGUGCCCGCGCGGACCUGGACGUUGGAGGCGUUUGUGGGGCGGCCCAACCACACAAAUGAGCUCAACGGCACGGCCCGCUACUAUCGUGGUGGUCUCGAUGACAGUGCGGGCGCACGCGUCCUGUACUCCGGACCUGCUCCACUCCUUAAGGCACCAUCGGGUGUUGAUUUUGCGCUGGGCUGUGAUUACACAAUGUUCGACAUUCCGGAUGAGGACUAUGGGAACUACGAGCUCCGGUGCAACACCAACUCGUACCUUCAGGGCCGGCUGGCGGCAGUGUUGGUGUAUACUCGUCAGCUGUCCGCUGCUGACGUGUCGCGCCUGCUCACCUACUACCGCACGACACGCUGGCUGGCCGCCGGCACCCCGCCCUCCCCUCCUCCCUUCCCGCCCCCGCCACCUUCACCCCCGAGCACGGGCCUGCCGGCUGCGCUUAUGCCCGACCUGGCCUACUUUGAUGCCUCGGCCGCCACCGCCGGCCGCCUGGUGGUGCCGCAGCCCGGUGCCAAGGUGGCCACAGGCGGCGGCGUGCGCGCCCUGCGCGACGUCUUGAACCCUGGGCAGCAGCGCCUGGACUGGUUCGGCGACUGCCGCUAUGACGCCACUUCCGGCGGAGGCUCCAUUGUGCUUGACGGCUCCAGCUGCUACGCGCAGCUCAACACCAACCUGUGCGCGGAGUGGCAGCUCAUACUGAACAGCAAUGGCGGAGAGAAUCUGAACUUUACACUGGUGGCGGUGCUGGAACUGGAUAACACCCGCCUGCCGCCGCCGCCCAAGCCGCCCCUGGCUCCUACCGUGAACAGCGACCACGAAAUCGCCGAGCUGGACACGGGUGGUAUGGGCAUCAUGUCGUACGGCAUGCAGGACGGAGCCUAUUACUACUUUGGCAAUCCCUCGAUGCACUGGUCCACCAAGGCCACGUACAUGACGCUGGACGGUGGGGAAGACUACAACAACGUAGACUACAGGAGGAACUUUCCCUCGCCGGUGCCCCGUGGCCUGUGGAGCAUGGAAGCCAUCAACUCAUAUAGUUACGACGUACCAGCCCCCGGCAACACGGGAUCCACUAUACACAACCAAGGCUACACGUACGUUCGGGGCACCGCGGCCCAGGCCGCGGGAAACGUAACUCAGGUGGCUGGCGAUGAGUACAGUUUUGGGCCGCCUGACGGCACCGAGCUCCGCAUCGGCUGCACGUGGCGCAACACUGAUAUGAACUACGACUGCCAGCCCGGCACUUUUCUGCGCGGCCGGCUGUCGGCUGUGCUCGUGUAUAGCAGGGCCCUGGAGAAGAAGGAGCUGCAGCGGCUGCAUGCGUACUAUAGUGGCAGGUGGAGCGCUGCCGGAAAGGGCCGAUAAAUGGCGGAUGACGGAUGGAAGUGACCGGUAAAGAAAGCUGAAUCUGGCUGAAUUAGCAUACCGCUGGUACCCGCAGCCUGCAAUGGGUUUCCUGCAAGGUGCCGCCCCCGUGUGGCAUGGGGAGGACGUGAGGUACUGAAUGUGGGCCGGACAGUCUCGGCUGUGUGCCGGAAGGGAACGGGAAGACGUACGGCAGGGAAGCAUGACGGGCGCAAGAUGGCACUGCUGGCUGUAGCAAUGGGGCAAGUGGUGCACGUGGGACGUGGACCGGCGGGAGUGAUAAUUGCAACAACGUGUGCCAUCAAGAGUGCCAUCGGAACGAGUUGCGGGCACCCAUCCAUCCAUGAGCGGCAGUACUACUGCCAUUUCUGAUGCCGCCCGGAACACAAUUACCCCUACGCGCCAUCGCGUCUCGUCCAUGUGCAUCGCACGGGCACGUGCAUACACGCGCAAAGCCCCGCUGGCAAAGCAAGCAAAUAGACUAACGUCAGCCACUCAAGUCUGUCCAAGCCGCAAAAGGCUGGGCGGGCCCGUCGCUGACAAAGGCGUGCAGCCCACGCUGCGGGUCAUGGCCCCGGUGCCCUGAUGAGCUGAUGAUGCGCGAGGCCAGGCGUUGCGAGAUAACCCACAUUUGUGUGUGCCGUUCAUUGUGUGUGCGUUCUUCGUGUGGUGAGGCGACGGGAGGAUCGGGAUUCGGGAAUCGGGAAUCAGGGUGUAUGCCCCGGCAGCAGCGCGAGUUGGGUUUACCACACGCCACCAAUACACCAAUAAACCCUGAUACGUUUGUGUGUGCCGUUCAUUGUGUGUGCGUUCUUCGUGUGGUGAGGCGACGGGAGGAUCGGGAAUCGGGAAUCAGGGUGUAUGCCCCGGCAGCAGCGCGGGUGUGCAUGGGGCUUCACUGGCUGGUUCACGCGGCAGACGUGAAGAAGCACUUGAAAUUGAUGCUGCUUGCAUUGAAGCACUACUUGGAAGUGGUGAGAGUGUAAUCCUGUAUAAUCCUGUAUAAGUGCAUCACCCUGCAAGUGGUGGUGAUAACCGAACGUGUGCCCUUGGUAAAUGCACGUUGAGAGCGCAUUUUGUAAGUUUGUUUGGCUAUAGAAUUCCCCUGGUGCUGAUGGAAUGGCAAAGGCAGAGUGGACGCAUAGUACCGGUACACUGCGGUACACAAACGUAUCGAUUGAACCGAGUCGCUUCACUCACAAGUGUGAACGCGGGGCCCACAAGGGUAAGGAGCAUGUGUUGCCAGGCGCUGGAGCUGGUGUAGGCGCGGUGCCAUGAACGUGUCGCAGUGACGCGCUCCUGUUGCUGAAACGGCGGAUUGCGGUUGAUUUCCCCCGU